CGGGCGGGCCGGGGCGGAGCGGCGUCGUCCGCAGAGCAGCCCCUUCCGGCCGCCGCCGACCCCGGCCCGGCCCGGCCCAGCCUGGCUCUAUGGACAGGAGCUCGCUGCUGCAGCUUAUCCAGGAGCAGCAGCUGGACCCUGAGCACACAGGUUUCAUCGGUGCGGACACCUUCACCGGCCUGGUGCACAGCCAUGAGCUGCCCCUGGACCCGGCCAAGCUGGACAUGCUGGUGGCCUUGGCCCAGAGUAACGAGCGGGGCCAGGUCUGCUACCAGGAGCUGGUGGACCUGAUCAGCAGUAAACGCUCGAGCAGCUUUAAGCGGGCCAUCGCCAACGGACAGAGGGCGCUGCCCCGGGCCGGGCUGCUGGACCAGCCGGGCCUGGGUGUCUACAAGCGGUUCGUGCGCUACGUUGCCUACGAGAUCCUGCCCCGAGAAGUGGACCGCCACUGGUACUUCUACCGGCACCGCAGCUGCCCGCCCCCCGUGUUCAUGGCCUCAGUCACCCUUGCCCAGAUCAUCGUGUUCCUGUGCUAUGGGGCUCGUCUCAACAAGUGGGUGCUGCAGACCUACCACCCCGAGUACAUGAAGAGCCCCCUGGUGUACCACCCCGGCCACCGCGCUCGAGCCUGGCGCUUCCUCACCUACAUGUUCAUGCACGUUGGCCUGGAGCAGCUGGGCUUCAACGCGCUCCUGCAGCUGAUGAUCGGGGUGCCCCUGGAGAUGGUGCACGGCCUGCUCCGCAUCAGCCUGCUCUACCUGGCCGGGGUGCUGGCAGGCUCCCUGACUGUCUCCAUUACCGACAUGCGGGCCCCUGUGGUGGGGGGCUCUGGUGGGGUCUACGCCCUGUGCUCCGCACACCUGGCCAACGUCGUCAUGAACUGGGCUGGGAUGAGGUGUCCCUACAAGCUGCUGAGGAUGGUGCUGGCCUUGGUGUGCAUGAGUUCUGAAGUGGGCCGGGCCGUGUGGCUCCGUUUUUCCCCGCCACUGCCUGCCUCCGGCCCCCAGCCCAGCUUCAUGGCACACCUGGCAGGUGCAGUGGUAGGAGUCAGCAUGGGCCUGACAAUCCUGCGCAGCUAUGAGGAACGCCUGCGGGACCAGUGUGGCUGGUGGGUGGUGCUGCUCGCAUAUGGCACCUUCCUGCUCUUUGCCAUCUUCUGGAACGUCUUCGCCUACGACCUGCUAGGCGCCCACAUCCCUCCACCACCCUGAUGGGCUCCCCAGGGCCCCAUGGGUCAGGGCACUGGUGUGUGUGGGCUGGCUGCCAGGCGAGCCUGCACAUCUGCCCUCUGUGAAUGUACACCUUGAGACUGCUUCUCCUCCGUAGGGGCAGGUGGCCCUCGCAGCCCACUGAGUCCAGGCCAAGCCUUACAUCAGCCCUGGCCACCCCCUCCCAGGCCUGGGGACAUAGGACUGCCUGGCCAGGCAGUGGAGGUCCCCAAGUGUGGCCCUAGGGAGACCCUGCCCCUGCCUCUCCCCCACAACUUGCGGUCUGAGCCUUUUUGGAGAAUGAAUAAAUAUUUUACACAGCA